AGAGAGAGCGAGCCAAGCGCUCUUUCCCCUCCUCUCUCUCUCUCUCUCUCGCUGCUACAACGGAUCCUUUCCACAUCGACGCUACUGUUAACGUCACGCCUGCGAGCCGUGCUCUCACCCUGCGCUUGCCUUCCCUGUCUUGCUCUCUCCCUGGUCGGACGCUGCAUCGGAGAGGAGGCGCUGAUCGCCACCAGGAGAGGCGGAGGGGUUCAAGAAAGAAAAAAAAAAAAAGGACUGGAAAGCAAGCAAGAAGACCGAGAGAGGAAAGAAACUGCGCACCACCCCUCCUCCCUCUGAACCCCCCCCCCAAUCAACCCAGCUACAACACCACCACCACUCCUCCUACUCCUCCUCUCCUCCUUCCACCCCCCUCCCUCUGUGAAGAAAUUGACUGAUUAUUGGGAAGUGCGCGGGAGGCAGGCUGCAGCUGCUGCUGUGUGCGCUUCACGGGGAUGGUGCGCGCGUGUCCGUAAUUUGCCGCACGGUCGCAGUGUGCGCCGGCUCGAGGGGGACGACAAGAUUAGGGACAGACAGCAAAAAAGAAAGAAAAAAAAAGUCGGGAGCCGCCGAUCCUUUGCGACCCCCCCACCACAGGAAAAGACAGACAAGAAAAGCGGAAGGAAAAAACCCAUCAAGUGGACACGACGCCACAUUGAGAGGGGGAGUGCAGACUGACCAAGACACCAAAUGAUUGACCACUGAAAAGUAGACACAGGAAUACAAAGAGGAGAAGGAGGGGGGGCUUUUUUUAACCCCCGAAUUGUCACUCUCUUCGCGGAAGCGCCGCAAACAGGCGAAGAACACUGGAAAGGACUGUGGGAUUUUCAUUCCUCCAACGUCUGAUUUUGUCCCAUUUGACUCUGGCUUACCAAAAAAAGAAAGAAUAGUGCACGUGUGAUUGUGUGCUGCUAUGGAAACCCGGAUACGGUGUCUAUCUGGGGGAUCAACUGUCGGAUUCCAAGGACAAGCAAGGGAAGAGGAGCUGACUGCAAGACGGCAGCAGUGGAGCACCGCUUCUCUGGGAGCCUGAGUGGAUUCCUACGUCCUCUCUUUUUUUCUUCUUGUUGACCAAGAGACAAACACUCAUCAUACAGGGCCUGCGACUCUUUCGGAUUGGAUGUAUGGAUUUACAAAAAGGGCUCAUCCUGGUUUAGCGCUGCUUUUCAAAGGGCAGUUAUUAAAAGCCGUUCUUUGCCGCUCAUGGGAUAUACGUCAGCUCUUUGUGGUUGCAAAAAAAAAAAAACGGAGGGAAGCUUUAUAUCUCCUGUAAUGUUAACUUGAGGUAGGUGUCGAGCGUUUCAACCCCUCUCUGUAAUAAUGGCUUUUGGUUGCUUAAUUUACCAUCAUGUCUUUCUCAUACACAUUUCAGAACAGCCAGCCCCCCCUACAGACCCCCUCUCCCCUGAGCACGUAAACUGUUAACUAAAAGAUAGUAACGGCAAGCAUACAGGAUCCACAUUAUGUGCUCUUUCCAUCUUCAGUUUCCUUAAGCUUUUCAACUCUGGUCCUUAACACUAAAACCAGUCAACCAUCUAAUCCUCCUGUACCCAAACUCCCCCAUCCCCCGACACACACCCCACCCGGCCCCCCAGAUGAUGCUGAAUUAUGAAUGUGCCACAUCAUGAGUCUCCUGGGGAGGGUAGCUGUGCAUCGUGCCAAGAAAGCCGCCCUACUCUGUGUAGUGUUCCUGAUGGCACGAGCAUGGAGCAGCGCCUCCCUGGCCUUUGGGGCGACGGUCUCACAAGGACCCCAGGGCUGCCCCCCUCAGUGCUCUUGCAGUAGUCAACAGGGGAAGGUGGUGUGCACACGGCGGGGCCUCACUCGCGUACCCCCGGGCAUCCCGGCCAACACGCGACACCUCAAUCUGAUGGAAAACGCCAUUGAGGCGGUGCAGGCUGACUCAUUCCGCCACCUGCACCACCUUGAGGUGCUCCAGCUUGGGCGAAAUGCCAUUCGGCAGAUUGAGGUGGGCGCGUUUAAUGGACUUACCAGCCUCAAUACUCUGGAGCUGUUUGACAACCGUCUGACGGUGGUACCCAGUGGGGCCUUCGAGUACCUGUCCAAGCUAAGAGAACUAUGGCUGAGGAACAACCCCAUUGAGAGCAUCCCCUCCUACGCCUUCAACAGGGUGCCCUCCCUGAUGCGACUAGACCUUGGAGAGUUGCGGAAACUGGAGUACAUCUCAGAAGGAGCUUUUGAAGGCCUACAAAAUCUCAAGUACCUCAACUUGGGCAUGUGCAAAAUAAGGGGGGACAUGCCAAACCUGAGUCCCCUCAAGGGCCUGGAGGAGCUGGAGAUCUCUGAAAAUCACUUCCCUGUGAUAAAGCCGAGCUCCUUUAAAGGCCUGAACUCGCUGAAAAAGCUAUGGGUGAUGAACUCGCAGAUAACAGUGAUCGAGCGCAAUGCCUUUGAUGACUUGUCUUCAUUGGUGGAGCUUAAUCUGGCCCAUAAUAACCUGAGCGCUGUGCCACAUGACCUGUUCUCCCCGCUGAAGUACCUUGUGGAGCUCCAUCUCCACCACAACCCUUGGAACUGUGGCUGUGACUCUGUGUGGUUAGCACGCUGGCUAAGAGAAUACAUCCCCACCAACUCCACUUGCUGUGGACGCUGCCACUCACCUGCCAACAUGAGAGGUCGACAGCUGGUGGAGGUGGACCGAGGCGAGGGUGCUGCAACCCAGUGUUCUGCCCCGUUCAUUGCGGACGCUCCAAGGGACUUUAACAUCUCGGCAGGGAGAGUCACAGACCUCCGGUGUCGCACAGCCCAGAUGUCUUCAGUACGCUGGCUCCUACCAAAUGGGACUAUCCUGACUCAUGCCACCAGUCAUCUGAGGGUAUCGGUACUCAACGAUGGCACCCUAAAUUUCUCUAAUGUUCUGGCUGCUGACACGGGCACUUACACCUGCAUGGUAUCCAACGCAGCUGGCAACUCCAACGCUUCGGCCUACCUCAAUGUGAGCGCUGCCGAGCUCAACACGUCCAACUUGAGCUACUUUACGACUGUGACAGUGGAGGUCUUGGGGCCAACAAAAGAGAUGCCCAAACCCAAAACCACCACAACCACAUCUGCGGCUACUGGAGUGGCUGGCGUCGCUGGAGGAGGACUGGGCCUUGGAUCAACCACCACAACUGCCUCACCCUCAGUCUUUCAGCCAGUGUUCAUCUCCACACCAACAGUGUUGCUGCAAAACACCGACAGCCCACCAGGUGCUGCAAAGCCAUCUGCAGUGCCAGGACUCAAAGGGGCCACUGGCAAGCCGGGAAAGUCCGGCCCAAGUCUGGAUGAGGUGAUGAAAACCACUAAGAUCAUAAUAGGCUGCUUUGUGGCAGUGACACUGCUGGCUGCCGUGAUGCUCAUUGCCUUCUACAAGCUGAGGAAGCGCCACCAGCAGAGGAGCACAGUUGCGGCUGCUCGCACGGUGGAGAUCAUCCAGGUGGACGAGGAGGACUUGCCACCACCAGCGUCUGCAUCUCAAGAGACAGCCCUCACGUUACCUGAAAUUCGAGACCAUAACAGCAUCCACAAACUGGACUUUCUCAGCCACAAGGCCGACUACAGCUUUCACAAGCCCAAGGCUGAAUACACACCUCAGCCUGAUUUCACCUUCCACAAGCCCAAAGCGGAGUAUACAACAUACAAGCCCAACAUGGACUUCCAUAGUGGUCACAAGUCCAUCCCGGACUACAGCACUCACAAAUCUACACCAGACUUUAGCCUCCACAGGCCAAAGCUUGACUACAGCCCCUUCAGGCAGGACUUUAAUACUCACAAAACUAAAGCAGAAUACAGUCCAUUCAAACCAGACUUUGGGACUCACCCGAAAAGCAGGGCAGACUACAGCCCUUUCAAAGAAGACUACAGCACUCAUCCAAGGCAAAAAACGGACUUCAGCCCCUUCAAGCGAGAUUAUAGUACCCAACCCAAAUCCAAACACGAGUACAGCCCAUUAAGAUCAGACUACAACACUCAGCAGAAACAGAAGGUGGAAUACAGUCCAUUCAAGCACGACUUUGGCACUCAUCCAAGGUCUAAACUGGAUUACAGUCCAUUCAAGCCUGGCUACAGCACUCAACCCAAACCCAAACCAGACUACAGUGUCCAGAAAUGUAAACCUGACAGCAACUACAGACCCAAGGACCCCUAUACCCCCCACAAAUCUGCAAACGACUACAACGCUUUCAAGACAGACUUUAGCCCGCAGAAAGCCAAUUUCAGCGCCUUCAAAUCGGAAUUCAGUCCCCACAGCCAGAGACCUAAAACGGAUUACAGUCCGCACAAGAUGGACUUCAGCACCCUGAAGCCGAAAUACAACACCUACAAACCCACGGGCCACGGGGCCAAAUGGACCGAGAACAAUGUUGGGAAUUCUUUGCCUCGAACCUUGCCUAGCACCAUCACGGCCAUGGCUGAGCCCUUUGUCAUAAAAACUCAUACCAAGGAGAAAGUACAGGAGACUCAGAUUUAAACGGCUUAGAUGCCCCACCCCCAGCCAUUGCCCCCCCCCCCCCCUCCACACCCCAAACCCCUUGAAUCACGCAAUAGAAUGCACAAUGAAAAAAAGGACAGAGGCGACUAUUUUGUACAGAGAGCAGAGACUGAUGUUGUACAUGCUUAUAAAUAAAAUAUAUAUAUAUAUAUAUAUAUAUAUAUGGACACAUUCUAA